AAAAUAAAGAAAGACAGAAUGAAUGAAAGAGAAUUCUUACCAAUAGGUCCUUUGAAUGACGAACAAAUAGGGAUGCGUUCAUUCAUAAAAAAUAGGAUCAACCCCCAUUGCGUAUUGAUACUUAUCGGGUAUAGAAUAGAUCUGCUUCUCUUUUUUCUUCUGAGCCGAAUUCUUCCCUUAAUUACUAAUGGAAUAGAACAAAUAUUAAUCCUUUCUCCGAAAGAAUCCACCGAAAAGGGGAGGUAUUCCAAUGCAAUAAAGUUACAUAGUGUCUAUUUUUCGUUGAUAAAGGGGUAUUUCCAUGGGUUUGCCUUGGUAUCGUGUUCAUACUGUCGUAUUGAAUGAUCCCGGUCGCUUGCUUUCUGUUCAUAUAAUGCAUACGGCUCUGGUUGCUGGUUGGGCCGGUUCAAUGGCUCUAUAUGAAUUAGCCGUUUUUGAUCCCUCCGAUCCCGUUCUUGAUCCAAUGUGGAGACAAGGUAUGUUCGUUAUACCCUUCAUGACUCGUUUAGGAAUAACCAAUUCAUGGGGCGGUUGGAGUAUUACAGGGGGGACUAUAACAAAUCCGGGUAUUUGGAGUUACGAAGGUGUGGCCGGAGCACAUAUUGUGUUUUCUGGCUUGUGCUUCUUGGCAGCUAUCUGGCAUUGGGUAUAUUGGGAUCUAGAAAUUUUUUGUGAUGAGCGCACAGGAAAACCUUCUUUGGAUUUGCCCAAGAUUUUUGGAAUUCAUUUAUUUCUCUCAGGAGUGGCUUGCUUUGGCUUUGGCGCAUUUCAUGUAACAGGAUUGUAUGGUCCUGGAAUAUGGGUGUCGGACCCUUAUGGACUAACUGGCAAGGUCCAACCUGUAAAUCCGGCGUGGGGCGUGGAAGGUUUUGAUCCUUUUGUUCCGGGAGGAAUAGCCUCUCAUCAUAUUGCAGCAGGGACAUUGGGCAUAUUAGCGGGCUUAUUCCAUCUUAGUGUCCGCCCGCCCCAACGUUUAUACAAAGGAUUACGUAUGGGAAAUAUUGAAACCGUCCUUUCCAGUAGUAUAGCUGCUGUCUUUUUUGCAGCUUUUGUUGUUGCCGGAACUAUGUGGUAUGGUUCAGCAACUACCCCCAUCGAAUUAUUUGGUCCUACUCGUUAUCAAUGGGAUCAAGGAUACUUCCAGCAAGAAAUAUAUCGAAGGGUUAGUGCUGGGUUAGCCGAAAAUCAAAGUUUAUCAGAAGCUUGGUCUAAAAUUCCUGAAAAAUUAGCUUUUUAUGAUUACAUUGGCAAUAAUCCGGCAAAAGGAGGAUUAUUCAGAGCGGGUUCAAUGGACAACGGGGAUGGAAUAGCCGUUGGGUGGUUAGGGCACCCUAUCUUUAGAGAUAAAGACGGGCGUGAACUUUUUGUACGUCGUAUGCCUACUUUUUUUGAAACAUUUCCGGUUGUUUUGGUAGACGGAGACGGAAUUGUUAGAGCGGAUGUCCCUUUUAGAAGGGCAGAAUCAAAGUAUAGUGUCGAACAAGUAGGUGUAACUGUUGAGUUCUAUGGCGGCGAACUCAAUGGAGUGAGUUAUAGUGAUCCUGCUACUGUGAAAAAAUAUGCUAGACGUGCUCAAUUGGGUGAAAUUUUUGAAUUAGAUCGUGCUACUUUGAAAUCCGAUGGUGUUUUUCGUAGCAGUCCGAGGGGUUGGUUUACUUUUGGGCAUGCUUCGUUUGCCUUGCUUUUCUUCUUCGGACACAUUUGGCAUGGUGCUAGAACCCUGUUCAGAGAUGUUUUUGCCGGUAUUGAUCCAGAUUUGGAUGCUCAAGUGGAAUUUGGAGCAUUCCAAAAACUUGGAGAUCCAACUACAAGAAGACAAGUAGUCUGAUGCAAGAUUGCUUUGUUAUUUUUCGCUUCUACUUCUAUUUGUGAUUUGCCAUAGGCUGCUGGAAAAAUCUUGAUUUAAAUCGCUGCCUUUUCUUUGAUUCUUGUUCUUUCUUUAUUUUAUUCGGGAGAUGAUUCCAAAUAAACAGGUACGGAAGCUAUAAUUGUAAACCACGAUCGAAUUUAUGGAAGCAUUGGUUUAUACAUUCCUCUUAGUAUCUACUCUAGGGAUAAUUUUUUUCGCUAUCUUUUUUCGAGAACCGCCUAAAAUUCUAACUAAAAAAAUGAAAUGAUUUUUCAUUAUCUCAAUUGAAGUAAUGAGCCUCCCAAUAUUGGGAGGCUCAUUACUUCAAUUAGUCCCCGUGUUCCUCGAAUGGAUCUCUUAAUUGUUGAGAGGGUUGCCCAAAAGCAGUAUAUAAGGCGUACCCAGUAAAACUUACAAGUAAACCAGAUAUAGAGAUGGCGACUAAGGUUGCUGUUUCCAUUAUUAUAUAAUUUCAAGAUCACAAUGGGUCUAUGAUAAGAUUGUUUAUUUACAGCGGAAUGAUAUACAAAGUCAACAGAUCUCACUGAAUACAAAAUAAGAUUUAUGGCUACACAAACCGUUGAGGGUAGUUCUAGAUCUGGUCCAAGACGAACUGUUGUAGGGGAUUUUUUGAAACCAUUGAAUUCGGAAUAUGGUAAGGUAGCCCCUGGAUGGGGAACGACUCCUUUGAUGGGUGUCGCAAUGGCUUUAUUUGCGAUAUUCUUAUCUAUUAUUUUGGAGAUUUAUAAUUCUUCCGUUUUACUGGAUGGAAUUUCAAUGAAUUAGAUUCACAAGAAUCACGAAGCCUCGCUUUUCAAUACAAAAAGUGAAACUUUUAGUUCUCGGAUUUUUAGCCCCAUUCUAUUUCGGUAGUUCGACCGCGAAAUUUAUUUGUUUCUGUAUUUCCGGAAUAUGAGUGUGUGACUUGUUAUAAUUGAUCCUAUUGAUAGUACAGAAAAUGGGUCUGUCAUCUUGAUCGAGAUAGUUUUAUCCCGUCGGAUAGUCAUUCUAGUAUCUGGAGCACGGAAUAUAUGAAAUGGAUCACAAAGUAUUUGAACUAUGAUUCAUACUUAAUAUUCAAACCUCGUGGCCGGACUCAAAAAAAAAUUCAAAGAAAGAGUUAUAUUAUUUAUAAAUCGAAAGAUUUUUUAUUCUUUCAAACUCUCAUUUAGUUUAUGCUUAUUUUGAUCAAAGGACAAACCUUUCUUUUCUUUGUAUUUUUUUUUAUUAUAUCUAUUCUAUUGAUUGAAUAAGUGAUGAUCCAAUGGUUCUUACUCAAAGAAUCUUUGGACUUAGUUUGAAGG